AUGCAAUCCACGCAAUUAGGCAAGAACAAAAAGCUACACAUGGUCUUUUUCGAUCUAAAAAAGGCCUUCGAUAGAAUCCCUAGAAAACUUCUCUGGAUAUGUAUAUGGGCCAUACAGCAAUGGUCCGUAGCACAACUGGUACUUCAGCAGGCUGCCGAGGGAGUUCAUCAAGUGUCGGCUCUCAGCACACUUCUCUUCAUAACAUUAAUAGAUGUAUUAUCACAGUCUAUACAGCAAACAGUCCCGUUGAAUAUGAUAUUUGCAGAUGAUAUUGUGAUUGCCGAAUCCAAGGAUGAAAUGGAAGAAAGAUUAUUUAGUUGGAUAAAUAUCCUAGAAAGCACGGACUAA